CUAUGACUUUCACAAUCAGCUGGGCUGGGCUGGACAAAUACAACAGUUUAGUUUACCCAAGACGGUGUGAACGACAUCGGUAUGGCAGCUUCAAUUUUCCGACGAGCUUCCAAUGGAUUUUUAAGGACAUUACACGCAUACAACAAACCUAAUGUUAACGUACCUGUCAGACACCUGAAUUUACUAGAAUACCAAAGUAAGGUAUUACUAGAGAAUCAUGGGGUCACUGUUCAACGAUUCAAGAUUCUUGACUCUCAUGAAGGAGCCACUGAAGCUUCAAAAGCUUUAAAUGCAGCUGAAUAUGUAGUGAAGGCACAGAUUUUGGCUGGAGGCAGGGGCAAAGGGCAUUUCGAUAAUGGAUUUAAGGGUGGUGUUCAUUUGACAAAAGAGCAAAAGGAGAUCUUUGCAGAAGAAGAUACCACUGAAAGUGACCCAAGAGAAGUAGAGGCUGCUAGCCACAACCUUAGCUACAUUGGCAUGGAUGGCAGUAUUGGUUGUUUGGUUAAUGGAGCUGGACUAGCCAUGGCCACCAUGGAUAUAAUUAAACUGCAUGGAGGUUCUCCAGCCAACUUUUUGGAUUUGGGUGGUGGUGUGAAUGAAGAUCAAGUACAGGAAGCUCUCAGGAUUGUUACUUCAGAUACAACAGUGAAAGCUGUCUUCGUAAACAUUUUUGGAGGAAUAGUCAAUUGUGCCACUAUAGCCUCAGGUCUUGUAAAGGUGUUCGGCUCGACAAAUAUUACUGUGCCAACUAUUGUAAGACUUGAGGGUACCAACGUCAUUGAGGCCAGGCGCAUCAUUAAAGAAUCUGGCUGCAAUGUGUUCAUUACAAGUGAUUUUGAAGAGGCUGCUAAGAAUGUGGUAGCAAAAGUGAACUAACAAGGUCAUUUGAAGAGAGUUGAUUAUUAGCUGUAUAUAUAGAUACUUGAUCAAUUUUGAAAUUAUUUUUGGGGUUUACUUUUGAUGCAAUUAGUGGUCAUUGCAUUAUAGCAGUGAGCACACCAACAAGAAUUGUACAGUAUUUUUCAAGUGUUCUUAAAUUUAUUCAUGCCCUCACUACUACCAAACUGAAUGCUCAUUACGUACCCCUGCAGUAGGAGAUAUUAACUGCUUAAUGUCAGAAAGGGAAUUUUUUUAAGUUAUUUAAACUGCUGUCGUUAUCCAAGUAUUUUUUAAGAGGUUUGUGGGGCAUAGGAGCUUUGAGUAGAUGCAACUUAGAUUGUGCUUGUGGAAUGUUGAUCACUUGUGCCUGCCAUUUUGUGACCUAUGCCAUUACCCUUGUCAGUUAUUGUAAUGGUUCAGUCUUUGCUGAUGGUGAAAGUGAGAUAUGUCUGUUGGAAGGUGAAAUAAUGGAGAAUUUUUAUUACACAGUGAAGAUUUUCUAGCCCUGAUUAUUAUCAUUCAAUUAAGUGGAUUUUAUAUUUAGUUGUCAGGACACCUGUAAGUUUUUGUGCAAAGGAAACAAAAUAAUACUAUUGGAAUUUUUUCAAGUGUAUAUUCUCAUAGUUGUUUGAUAUACUGUGGAAUAUUGUCUUGGCAAGUUUCUGUUGUUAAAGUCGCCUACACCAUUUCUUAAGGGUUAAUGUAAUCUUCAUUAAAAGGUUGAGAGUGUGUGAGAGAUGACACAGGUUUUGCUGCAAUGGAACUCCAUUUUUACAAAAUGCCUGAGGAUUUUUUUUAUAAUUAUUUGAAUGUCAGAUCAAAAGGCAGCUUCCCUUCAAAGCUUUAUGUAGCAGAAGGCAGCUGAUGUUUUAACAUUUAUUUUAGUUAUAGAAGUUGUAUAAUCAGAAUUUAUUACUGUAUGUAUGGUUUUUUUGUGUGACUUUUUGUGUAUUUUUCACCUGUUAUUCUUUGUUAACACAGUAAGUACUGUGUGAUAAAUCAUUUUAUAACUAGAAAUGACAAUAAAGUUGCAUAAUUUCUUUCCCUUUUACUUUUAGACAUAAUAAGUGAUUCAGGGAACUGUUGCAAUAAGACAUUUGAGAAUUACAACUGCUUCUUAAAUUUUGCUAAGAGUUAUUUUUAAUAGAGUUUAUAUUGCUGUUAUGGAUAUUAAUAAUGAUGGGGUAUUUUGUGGUAUUUGAUAAUGAACUGCAAUAUGAUAACCAAAUUCAUUCCAUUUGAUGUAUUUUGGUAUAAGAGAACACUUGUAUAAUAGUUACUAAUAAAUAUUUUUAUAUUGA